GGAGCAAGUCACAGUGGCUCUCCUGAACUUCUUUCAGGCAGGAAUUGUUUCCUGGGAGAGAUGUUUCCUAGACUUCAUUUCUUGGGAUGCCCCUCCAAGGAGUGACCAGGCUUGAGGUCUUGGUCCUGGUGGACUUUGAGGGCCAGUUGGGCGAUGAGCUGAAGAUCGUGGCCGGAGACAUCAUCCAGAAGGUCCAGCCGGGGCCGGAGGAGGGAUGGCUGCAGGGUGAGCUGGAUGGCCGGGUGGGACUCUUCCCUCAGCUGUUUGUCCAGGAAAUCCCAACCAGCCUCCGAGCGGAUGGCACCCAAAGGUACCCCCGAUCUCUCCGCAGUGCACAUGCUACGAAAAAGUUGGCAACCACGAAACAACGCUGGUGUCAGGUCACCUUCCCUUAUGUCCCAGCGAAGGAGGAUGAGCUGGAGCUUUGCCCUGGAGACUUGGUGCAGAUCUUGAAGGAGAUCGAAGAUGGCUGGUGGCUGGGAGAAAAGGGAGGCCAGCUGGGCGCCUUCCCUUCCAAUUUUGUGCAAGAGCUGAGUGGCACAUCCUCAGAUGCCUUUUUCCUGUCACCCAAAGGGGGUGCAGCCAAGCAGCGUCCCAAAAUGACGAACGAGACCUUUCUUCUCAAUGAGACUGAGAAGCUGGAGAGUCCAUCAGAGAAGGUGGCUUCUCCUCCUCCUCUUCCUCCUCCUCCUCCGGCGCAAGAGACCCCAAAAGCCCAGCCCUUACAGGAGAAUGCCCCAGGCGACACUCCUCGAUACUGUCGGGCCAUGUUUGACUAUGAACCAGAGCAUGAAGAUGAGCUGCCCAUCCGGAAAGGGGACCUGAUUCUCUUGUUGAAAAAGGAGACAGUUGACUUGGGCUGGUGGGAAGGAGAGAACCGGGGCAAGAAGGGCCUCUUCCCUGACAACUUUGUCAUACCGCUGACCCAUUUGGAGCCUGGGAUCAGAACCAAGGUGCCCACAAGGAGGAAGGAGGCUGCAGCCAAGGGAGUAAAAAAGAGCUUGCAGGGCAGCAAAGGAGAAAUGAGACCACUUGGAGACCUCAAAGAUUUCAAGGAGCAGAAGAAAAUGGAGGCCUCCAAACCCAAUCCUCCUCUUCCUCCGGUCAAGAAAGCAGCUCCUCCACCUCCCCCUGUGCCAACCAAGGCCAAGCCAGCAUCCUCCGUUCCCCAAAAGUCCUCAAACAUCCCAGUUUCCUGCACAGCCACACCUGGAGGGAAAGCCAAAUCCAAGGAGACAGAAAACAACACUUUCGAUGCCGUUGUGGUUCCUGGUGCCAAGCUGACCCAUCCGACAACCAGCCGCCCCAAAAUGCCAGGCAAGCGGCCACCCAGCCAGCUGAUGGCCGGCUCCAUGGUGGUUGAGAAAGGGCCCAUUUGUCCUACAAACUCUGCAGAGAAACCCAAAAGCCCUGAGCAGGUGAAGGUGCCAUUGCUUUCCAAAAGAGCUGAGUCCCCAAUCGCAGUUUUGGAGAAUCCCUCCUCCAAGGAACCGCUAUCUUCUCUGGAGGACUUCAAGGCUGAACUCCGGACACUGAGGACCCUCAUGGACCUGAUGCAUGACCAGCAUCGGAAAGACAUGGAAGAGCUGAAGGCAGAGAUGAGCCAAGAACAGACCAAGAGAGCAGCUCUGCAGGCAGAGAUUGAGUGGCUGAAGCAGACAUUGCCGACUGUAGGGUUGGUGGACCAGGGCUGCAAGAAGCCCAGUGGUGUGGAACCGGCAACCCUUGGCAUAUCCUCGCUUGGUUAGAGCAACCCCUACAAGGUCUCCACUAAGGACUGAACCAGUUGCAUUGCAUCCUGUUCUCCAUGGCCAUAUUGUGCUCUUAGCUGGAUCUUGGGGGAACAAAAGUGCUACAGUCCAGUGAUGCUUGAGGCCAAUGUGGUCUUCUUGGCUGUGGUCCAGCUGCCACAAAUGAAUAUCUCAUUUUUCUAGAAGGCCUUUUACAUCCAGCCUGGAUUGUCCAACAGUGCCUAUGGAAGAAGAGACACCAGUUGUCCUUGCCACCUGAGAUGAGGCUGCGAUGUGCCACAACCAACACGGCAGGCCAGUUGAGAAGCUAGGGAGACACAUAUCUGCAUGUUAAGCUCAGUUUAAAUCUUGCAGCUCUUCUCACCAAUAGAAUAGGAAAUCCUUGGCCAGAAACUUGCCUGCCCCAACUAGAGUUGGCCCAUUGAGUCGAUGGGAUUUACCAAUGUUUUUGGCUCAUCAUUAGCUGAUUCAGUGGGUUUUUUCUAACCAGGAUUAAGGAAUAAGGUUCUGACCCCUGUCACCUUAAGCUGUCCUUAAGGGAGGAUCCUUACACAGCAAUGGUGCAAUUCCUUUGCAAGAGGCCACAGCAGCAACAAGCGAGUUGAUUCUGUGGUUUGGACCCUCUUCUUCAUCUUCUUCUGCAGCCAUUUUGGUCUCACCUAACGGUGACUGAUUCUUUUAAUGCGUAAAUAUAUCACCUUUUUAAUUUAAAAUA